CUUUAGGGGUGGGGCAGAGGAGAUGUAAAAAACACAGACAGCUGUGAUCUCUUAUGUUUAAACCUGACGCACCAAGACAGCAGCCAUUCCUGAACUAAACUGACAGAGGUUGAGAUGGCGUACUCCACCCAAACUCUUGCUGCUGGCAGCUUUGGGAAGGUAUACAAGGAGAAGUACAAUGACACCUGGGCUGCAAUCAAGAAGGUGCCACAACACUUAAUCAAUAGGAGAGACCUGGAGAGAGAGUGUCAAGUAUACAAAAAGGCAAUUCAUCCUAACAUAGUGAAGCUUCUGGGUAAUCCAACACUCAAGGACUCUAAGUGGAUCAUCCCCAUGGAGUUCAUCUUUGGAGAGGAACUGGAGACAACCAUCUUCAAAUCACAAAAAUCAAAAAUACAGUUGACUCCAUCUAUAAAGGCCACCAUCAUCACAGGCAUGUGUGAAGGACUGCUUCACCUACACAGCAAAGAUAUUGUCCAUCAGGACCUCAAGCCCGAGAACAUCAUGGUAGAGCAUGAUUCUCACAGAGCUGUGAUCAUUGAUAUGGGACUGGCCAAAUUCUUCCGCAAUGGCCUAAAUUCUGCCAUGGAUAUGGGCAAUGAGGCCUACUCUCCACCUGAGGUCCUGCAGAGGAGGGGCCAGAGAGAUCAGCGCUCGGACGUGUGGGCUAUGGGUAAAAUCAUUACCGAACUUUAUGCCAGAGUCAGGCUGUACACCCCCAGUGUCUGUCCAACUAAGAUCCAGGAGAUCCUCAGUCUCCAAGGCCAGCAGUACUGUAAUGCUGUCUGUAGGAUGGUGCAGAGAGACCCCACAGUGCGGGCCACCAUGGCCGGAAUCAUGCCGGAGAUACAAAGGGCAGGGAUAGAUAGCGGUGGUGGCAACACCGGGGGGGGGGAAAGAGGACAUCUUCUGACACCCUUUCCUCACACUCAGGUAAAAGACACCUUGCCACAUCCUCAAGCUCCUGUACAGCACUCACUUUCUCCAUCGAGAUUUGAGUGUGCAGCUUUUCCAAAGCCUGAGGUCAAGACAACACUAAGUCCUCAAGCUCCUGUACAGCGUUCACCAUCUCCAUCGAGAUUUGAGCGCAAUGCUUUACCACGGUCUGAGGCCAAGCCACUAGUGGGGCCUCCUGCGCGAGCGCCUUCUCCAUCGAGAUGGGAGCGUACAGUUUCUCCAAAGCCUGAGGUCAAGACGCUAGUGCGAGCUCCUGUGCGAGCGCCUUCUCCAUCGAGAUGGGAGCGUACAGCUUCUCCAAAGCCUGAGGUCAAGACGCUAGUGCGGGCUCCUGUGCGAGCACCUUCUCCAUCGAGAUGGGAGCGUACAGCUUCUCCAAAGCCUGAGGUCAAGACGCUAGUGCGAGCUCCUGUGCGAGCACCUUCUCCAUCGAGAUGGGAGCGUACAGCUUCUCCAAAGCCUGAGGUCAAGACGCUAGUGCGAGCUCCUGUGCGAGCACCUUCUCCAUCGAGAUGGGAGCGUACAGCUUCUCCAAAGCCUGAGGUCAAGACGCUAGUGCGAGCUCCUGUGCGAGCACCUUCUCCAUCGAGAUGGGAGCGUGCAGCCUUGCCAAAGACUGAGUUGAAGUUUGAGGUGAAGACAACACUGCAACCACAACCCAUACAGCGUUCACCUUCCCCGUCAAGAUGGGAGCGAGCAGCCUUGCCAAAGCCUGAGGUCAAGAACUCACCAACUCCCCUUCCAAAAGGUAGACCAUGGUAAUACUCUGGUUCCAUCAGGCAUAGCUCAACCCAAUCAAAAUGUCAUGAAACAGCUUCUCUACGAAGAGGCCUUGAAGGGUCUCCCAUGCCCACUCCCAACAACAGGCGCGGUGCGAAUCCGCCGUUAUGAGCAAAGGAAUGGGAAAGUGGAGACUUGGGAGCAAAAGGAGGUGGAGACUGAAGGAGGGAGGAUAGUCAAGUUUGAGGAUGUGAAGUUUAACAAGAAGUCGUAAGUAGGUUAUUGACAGUUUGUGAAAUAGUAGGGAGUUGAUUUGACUCUGCUUCUCCAGAGCAACAACAAUAAAAGUUGUAUUGCACUAUUAAGAAGGAAACCUGAGGUUGAGUAAGCAUUCAUGAAUGAUGUUGAAGGACUAUAUCACUUUACAGUAUUGCUACAAUGUUGCACAUCUGGUUAGGUGCCAGUUUGCAGAGGAAACUGGAGUCAAAUAACUAUCUGUGAAUGUUUCUGAAAUCUCAUCCCUCUUGCAAAUCAGUUUUAUCUUUAGCUUGAUAUCAUUCAUUUGACUGUGAACAUAGUAAAAAACAAUUAAGAAUUAAAGUCAUCUUUUCACAAAUA